AUGGACAUUCGUUGACGCGGUACGGAGCAUCGCCGUGGGAGGAUGCCGGCGGUGCCAUUCGAUAAGGGAGCGAGACGCGCCGGACGGGCGGUGUUCCGCGAAGCGUGACAGGUUGACACGACGCGACGCGACGCGCACAGUGGCGAGCGGCCGCCGACGACGGAUCGUGAUGAGUCUGACAGCGGACACGAUCAACGCUGCGUUCGUCGAGUAACGCGCCUUCGAUCGACGCGGGAUUGCUCGCGAGUAUAAAAAAGAACGCGAUAAGACGUCGCGAAAGGAGAACGAUCGAUUGACAGCUAGAGAGAGAGAGAGAGAGAGAGAGAGAGAAAGAGAGACAGAGAGUUAGGAUGCAACCGAGAGGAGUUUUGUAAUAUAACGCACUUUGCCCAAGUAUUCGCGUGCACUUCUUAGUAUGGCAGAAUGGUUGGACGCAAAUUGCUGCCGUUGCUGAUACUCUUCCUGGCAGGAUGGCAGGAAGCAGUGGCCGUGGUACCGGUCCGGUACGUCGCCGUGGACGUGGGUAAAGGCCUGAAGCUAGCCUGCGCCGAGGAGAGUGCUCUUCUUGUGCAUUCUGAUGAGUCGGUAGGAGUGAUGUGGAUAAGAGAGGGGCGAUUUGACGGACAGAUCGAGCGGCUGAAAGUGGAGCCAAACGGCAUGCUGGAGCUGUUGAACGUCAGUGCAGACGAUGCCGGCAAUUACUCGUGCACUUUGGAUGACGAUCACGACGCUGUGAAAACUAGGAUCAACGUGGAAGUUAGGACGCCUCCUCCAGCCUUGCACAAUGUGUGGGUCAAGCCAUCCACGAUUUUGGCCAACAUUCUCUGGGAAGUGGCUGGUACCGGCGGAUAUCCUAUCAUAGAUUUCACUGCCGAAUAUCGUCUGAAACCAACUGCGGGCGAGGAACCGGAAGAGUGGAAGCCUAUUGUUCCAACGCACAUUCCUCCGAAUUCCAGGCAAAUAGAUGUGUAUCACUUGGUGCCAAAUACGACGUACUCAUUCCGAGUAUGGGCAACCAAUCAGUUGGGAAGAGGCGAGAUCGUGGAGGUGGACGGUCACACGCAUCACAGCGUGGAGGAAUUGGAACUCGCUCGACACCUUUUAGCUGGCGUAGAGAAUUUCGAUACGCGUGUCUGGGUGGCAGCCGUAGGUAUUGUCAUGGGCACACUUAUGAUUCUCGGUUUAGGUACUUGUUACCUGCUGUAUCGCGAGUGGAAAAUACCCUCGCAGCUGGAGGAGCAGGAGGUGAUUGAGCUCGUGCCGAACAUCAUUCUGAAUCCGGGAUUUUUCGACGAGCGCACCGAGCACAUACCGCAAGACGAGAACUUCAACAACCAGACGACUACACGCCUCAAUAACAACAGCGUCGUGCAACCUAGACGGCUCUAGCGUACUUCUCGCUUAUUUUAGAAGCGCCUUCGAAGUACCCGACCCGAACACGUCUCUCUCUCUCUCUCUCUCUCACUCUCUCUCUCUCUCUCUCUCUCGACGUCGUCUUGAAACAAGUAAGUAACCGAAUUCACCGCUAAAGGCCUCGACAUCGACGAGAGAAAGGGAAACACAAGUCGACGAUAGAAUAGAAACGCAAGACUACCCAACGAUUGCGGCGAAAGAAUACAUACGUCUCGAGACGCAUCUUCAGGAGCCGUCAGUUGCCUCGCAGUGUCCCGCCAGUUUCGAAUUUUCCGCUCACGAUCGGGGAUCGAACUAGGAGGGAACUGGCCUUUAUUCUAAAAGAAAAAAGAUUCCUGUGGAAUCUUUGUUUUCUUUUUUUUUUUUUUUUUUUCUGAGUGACUUCGAGGCGAAUCUUCCGGAACACGCUCGUGGAAACGCGUCGUUCUUGGAAAACUUCUUAUAGAUUAAGCUCUCGAGAGCAGCGAAGUUAAGUAGAUAAAAUUUUUAUACACAGUAAUGUGGAAAUUGUGCAGUCGUACGCGAUACACAGACCGUGAUACUCUUUGCGCGCUGCGACUUAGGGAUAUUAAAAUUUCGAUUUUAAUCGUAUCUCUUAGAAUUGCAAGCGAAUGUUUGAUCUCAUAAUGUCAAAUAGAAAACUUCCAAUGACAAAUCUCACUGUUGAAUUGACAUAUUAACAUUUCUAUAUUUUACGUCUUAAUUUUUUCGUUUCUCACUCUACGUGCAACGAGAUUGCUAUAGAAAAACAUCUUCGUUUUCGAGAAUCAGAAAGCAUCUCUUCCAUGUGUACGAUCUUUGCGAUGUUGUAGAAAAUAGCUCCACCGACAAGAGAGACUGUCGAUCGAAACGGAAGGAAUUGAAAGAAGAAAAAAAAAAUAGUUCCGCGUUCUCGUUCGAUCCCCGAUUUCACGACGCGACAUAAAGUGUUCAAAACCCAAAAGAGCGUAAGACUCCACCAGAUUUCGUGCGAGGAGGUUAAUAGAAUUUUUUGGAGAUGUUUACUGCAGGACGUUCUCACUCCCGUUAGUCUCUCGACGACACUCACACUCGACUGCUCAGACUGAUCGAGCUUAAAGGCAAAGGAAAGGACUCCUGUUAAGCCAAAAGAAUCGUAGUAAGACUGUAAAACUCUAACCCUUUGCAGUCGAUGCCGCCACACAGUGGCGGCAUUCGCAAGUCGUUGUAGAAGUUGGUGCCGCCAGGCUGGCGGCAUGAUGUCAUUCAUGAUCGCCUGGCGCGCGGCACGGCGAACGAGGCUAGCGAUAAUGAAAGAAAACUAUCCUCUCGAUGCUAGAUUCAAAUGUUUAGAUCAACUUACAGAUAUCAAUGUUUAUCGAUCUCUUCGAAACUUGCCGACCGCAAAGGGCUAAGAGAUAAUUUCGCGAAACGCGAUAAUCGAACGAUAUCGUCAAAAGAUGUAUUUUGCACUCGUUUACUUUUUUCAAAAAGUAACGCGCUGAGUGUAGGCGCGCGAGUAUUGUUCUUAUUUCUAAAUAAGAUCAUUUGUUGUUCAAUCGAUCGUACACGUAUACGUGUACAUGUACGAUUUGACGAACUUACUGCCGUUUUAAGGUGUGCACAAGUCGUUGAAAGUUCCUUUCUAGGAAUCUCUGCGGAAAAUCGCUCUCUCAUUUUUGUUGUUUUAUAUUGUAGACAUGUAUAGAUAUUUCUCUCGCUUUUCUCUUCCUCUCUCUCUCUCUCUCUCUCUCUCUCUCU